AUGUUGAACCGAAGUCUCCCGUGGCAAGUGGCUGUACGUGUGGCUCAGCCUUCAGGACAACACGCCUCUCUUCAUGUAUGAGCAAAUACUGAAAUGUACGGCAGAUACGGGACAGGUUUAGUCUAAUUUUCAGUCAUGUAUUUUUAAAGUUCAAACAGGAACGCCGCGCGAACAGCUGGUUGGUUGUAGCAUAGCUGCGAAGCUAGCUCGGCAAACCCCUUCCCAAAAAGGAGAUUUUAAUGAACCUUCAUUAUUUGAUUGUUCAGAGGUGCAGUUUUCUUCAGCACACUUCAGUCUGGUGUGGACUUUUUGGUCUUUUUCAUUUAAUUCUGUUAAUUUCACGAUGCGACUCUCUGGCACCGGGUUUCUCGGCUGGCUCGUUGUCGUUUUCGAGGAGGAUCACUGGAGAGAGCGGUGCUGAGCCAUACGGACACCCUGAUAUUUAUCUUCUCGGUUAUUUACAGCUUUCUACCAUCGGCUGCUCCUGCAGUGAGUCAGUAUCAUGGAGGCUGGCAGUGGGGCUGCUGCAGUGGUGGGAAGUGCAGCUCUUGGACUGCUCGGAGCCACAGGAAGUCAUGAUAUCUCCGACAGGGGCCUGAGGCCUGGACGGCACCCUGAAGAAGACGAUAUCGUGCCAGAGCUUGCCAGGAGCAUCCACCCCCGAGAGCGACCUGACUGGGAGGAAACCAUCAGCGCAAUGGCACGGAGUGCUGAAAUUCCAGAGCUGAGCUCUGAGCCGCUCAUGCGCUCCGGCAGCAGCACCGCCAGUAUGAAGGUGAAGAAUGUCAAAAAGCUGUCGUUUACCAAGGGCCAUUUUCCAAAGUUAGCCGAAUGUGCCCACUUCCACUAUGAAAACGUUGAUUUUGGGACAAUACAGUUAACCCUCGCAGAUGAGCAGACUGAAGUGACACGGAAUGGCCUGGAGUCAAAAGAGCCUGUGUAUUUGGUUCAGAUCUAUUGUCAGGGACGAAGCUGGAUCGUGAGACGAAGCUAUGAAGAUUUCCGAGUCUUGGACAAGCAUCUCCAUCUCUGCAUCUAUGACCGCCGCUUUUCCCAGCUCCCUGAGCUGCCCCGUUUCGACAGCCUGAGGGAGAGAGCGGAGGCAGUUUCCCAGAUGCUGAUGGCUUACCUCUCCCGUCUCUCAGCCAUCGCUGAUAACAAGAUCAAUUGUGGGCCGGCCCUCACGUGGAUGGAGGUUGACAACAAAGGGAAUCAUUUGCUGGUGCAUGAAGAAUCGUCUAUAAAUGUUCCUGCCAUUGCAGCGGCCCACGUGAUCAAGCGCUACAUCGCACAGGCAGCUGAUGAGCUGUCAUUUGAGGUGGGGGAUAUUGUUUCUGUCAUAGACAUGCCACCCAAAGAGGACACCACCUGGUGGAGGGGAAAACAUGGUUUCCAGGUUGGCUUCUUUCCCAGCGAGUGUGUGGAGCUGAUAAACGACAAGGUCCCACAGUCUGUCACCAACUCUGUGCCAAAACCAGCGUCCCCCUGCUCUGGUCUGCGGCCGGCAUCCUGGAGUCUGUUCCCACCCUAUUUGGAGAUGGAGAGUAUAAAGCAGGACAGUGCAUUGGCACCCGACCCAUUAAACCCCUACAGGCUGAGCUCAGUAUCCAAGAAACACGGGAAACUGAUCACUUUUCUGCGCACAUUCAUGAAGUCCAGGCCAACCAAGCAGAAGCUGAAGCAAAGAGGUAUCCUCAGGGAGAGGGUGUUCGGCUGUGACCUAGGAGAGCAUCUACUCAACUCUGGCCAUGAUGUCCCCCAGGUACUCAAGAGUUGCACCGAGUUCAUUGAGAAGCAUGGAGUGGUUGAUGGAAUGUACCGUCUCUCUGGGAUCGCCUCCAACAUUCAGAAGCUGCGGCACGAGUUUGAUUCUGAACAGAUCCCAGAUCUGACAAAAGAUGUUUACAUUCAGGAUAUACACUGCGUGGGCUCCCUGUGCAAGCUCUACUUUCGAGAGCUUCCCAACCCACUUCUCACCUACCAGCUGUACGAGAAAUUCUCGGAGGCUGUGUCAGCAGCCACAGAUGAGGAGAGGCUGAUCAAAAUACAUGACGUCAUUCAGCAGCUGCCGCCUCCGCAUUAUAGGACCCUUGAGUUUCUUAUGAGGCAUCUUUCACACUUGGCAACCUUCAGCUACGUAACGAACAUGCAUACUAAAAAUUUGGCCAUCGUUUGGGCACCCAACUUACUGAGGUCAAAGCAAAUAGAAUCUGCUUGCUUCAGUGGGACGGCAGCCUUCAUGGAAGUACGAAUACAAUCGGUUGUGGUGGAGUUCAUCCUAAAUCAUGUGGAUGUUCUCUUCAGCCCCAAACUGAGCUCACUCAUUCGAGAGGGAACAGGACACAACUCUCUGUCUCGGCCUAAAUCUUUGCUAGUACCCUCGCCAUCCACAAAGCUGCUAACGCUAGAAGAGGCACAGGCACGCACACAGGCCCAGAUCAACUCACCCAUCACUGCAGACAGCAAGUACAUAGAGGUCGGAGAGGGUCCUGCAGCAUUACAAGGGAAAUUCCAUACAGUCAUAGAAUUCCCUACUGAGAGGAAAAGGCAGCCAAUGAAGUCUAAAAAGUCUCCUGUUGGUAGUUGGCGUUCUUUUUUCAACCUGGGCAAGUCUUCUUCAAUGUCGAAACGCAAACUACACCGUAAUCCCAGUGAACCAAAUGAACUCAAGGCUAUGGCACUGGCUGGAGGAAGAGGAGACACUGGUACUCUUCGGUCUGCCAAAAGUGAAGAGUCUCUCACCUCUCUACAUAAUGUUGAAGGAGAAUCUAAGGUGUAUAGGCCGCGCAGACCUCGCUCCAGCAGUGAUGCCCUCUCUGCUUCAUUCAAUGGUGACCUUCUGGAUACCAGACAGCACUGUAACUCGUACGACAACCUGGGUCAUGGGGACAGUGAUGGGGAUGAUGGUCCAAUCUGUGUGCCUGCCCUCAUCUCCCCACCACGCUCUGCUGAUGAUGUGGAUCUGAGCCCCCCUGAUAUUGGCAUGGCCUCUUUAGACUUUGACCCCAUGUCCUUCCAAUGUAGCCUUCCUCUGGCAGAGACUUCAAUUUUCUCAAUUGACGCAGAUACAAGCAGUCUAAAAAGGAGCCCUGCCAGUGGCUCAGAGUCAAUCUCGCCAGUCCGAGCUAAAGUUACGACCCGUUUUUUGUCUCCAGACCACAGUACAGCCUUAAAGGAUAAGCAUAAACUGCUCCCUACAUCUUUCUCUGAGAAAACUCCAGUUCAGUCUGUUGAAAGCACUGAGAAGUCAGCAGUUGUUACUCCUCCAAGCAUCUCUGAAUCAGCUGCCUCCGUGAUAAUGAAAGGACCAGAGAGCACUGUGCUUCAGCCCUCUUCCCCUCCAUCUCCACUCGACUCUCCUACAAAAUUGAGCUCUCUGUCAAGAACCACCGAUCUGCCCCUGAGUGAAGCCAUUCAACAAGAGCUUCUUUCUAAAGCUGCUACCUUGGAGAGUAAAGACAUAUCGAGCAUUGAAUGUUCUCAACCACCACAGGACACCUGCUCUCAAGAGCAGCCAGGAGCCGUAGCUUUGGACUCUCCAAAGGGCAAUGUCCCUGUCAGCUCUGUGUCCCUCGUCCCUCCCCCUCCCCCACCAAAGAACGCUGCCCGCAUGCUUGCACUAGCUCUAGCUGAAUCUGCCCAGCAGGCCACCAUUCUCUCUCAGAAGCAAUCCUCUGGACCCCCUACACCAGUAUCCCCUCUUAGGCCUCAGGAGUUACUGGAGACCCUGGACUGGCCGCUGCCUUCUUUGCCAUCACAGCCAUCCGAGGAGGAAACUGCAGUAGAAGCGUCAAAUAAAUCGGUUCCUUUGUCUUCACUACCCUCCACUCCGACUGAAAAAAUUACUCGCUCAGUCAGUCUGCACCUCACCACAGCUGAUAGUGGGAAGCCAUCCAGCAUUUCAUGCAACAGCCAGGACGUAAUCUCACCAGAGACCCCAAGCCAGAGUGCUAUGCCUACAUGUCUGACUUCUCAAGUUUCUCAAACACAAAAAAGUCCAGAAAGACAGCAGCCUGCUGUCGGUCAGACACCUGUGAGCACAGCAAAAACCACUACCACAACCACCACUUCAACCAUCAGUAGUAAAGAUGCUGUCAUUCAACAACCCACCUCUGAGAUCCAUAUGCCUGAAACAGUCCUGCCGCCAAAACCAAACAAGGUGCCAGAUCAACCAGUGGCAAUUCUUCAGCCUCAGCCACAGAUGCAACCUCAUGCAGCAUUUCGGUCUCAACCUCAAGUUCAGCCUCUUCCUCAGUCACAAGCACAGCCACAGUCUCAGCCCAGAUCACAGCCCAAUGCUAGAGUUGCACCAACCCUGGCAGCACCUCAUGAUCCUGUGGAAAAACCAUGGGAAGCCAUAAAGCCUGUCCAUCCAAAAGGAGAUAGUGCUUCCCAACACCACACUCAGGGAGUGACACCACCAACACCCCCUAUUCGCUCGAUUGAGAGUAAACUAGCAGCGGCUGCUCUUUGCAACACCGAGGCUGCCAACCCUGCCAACUUUCAUGCCAUGUUAGAGACAUCCAUGAGGGGAUCAGUAGAGGAGACUCCCCCACAGUCUCAUCCGCCUCACCGCAGAUCUUCUACUCAUCAGUCAGGUUAUCUUUACCACUCAAAAGGAGAAACAGCUCUACUUGACCCCACCACAGAGGCAUAUUACCAUCAGCGGGUUACCCCUUCAGGUCAGGCUACAGUGGGGUACCAUUACCGGCCAGAGAGUGUUCCACCUCACAUUUCUUAUGUGUCGAAAUCAGAGCCACACAUUUCCUACAGAGGCCAUGGGGAUGGUCGAUACAAUACAAUUGGACCUAGAUCUUACCACCAGUCUAUCAAAUCACGUGGUCCACUGAGAAGUGAGUACAUCUCUCCAAGCUCAUUACACCACUCUCAUAGCUACAGCCAAGCAGAUGGACCAACCGUCUACCCAACAAUCCGCAGGGUCCACUCCCUACAUGUUCCCCCCACUGCUAUUCGCUCAAUGCCAGUCACCAGAACUGAGGUACCUCCAGAUGAUGAAUUAUUUUAUUACCAGCGCCCAAUCUACCACUGCAAGUCUCACCAACCAUCAUCUCAAGUCGACUAUCAUGUCACACAACUGCAGCCUUAUUUCGAAAAUGGAAGAGUUCAGUACCGCUACAGCCCCUAUUCUGGCUCUCACGUCCUGGAAUCCCCUUUCUAUGAUGUAGACCAUUAUGGUACUAUCCGCUUAAGGCAUGUCCAUUCCUUCAGUGGUCGGGACAGUGCCCCUCUUCUUCGGUCUGGAGCCAAAUCUGGAGGCUACCACUACCUUUCACGGCAUGUUAUUCCUUUAAAAGAACAUGGCUUCAUAAGCAGGGACAUGCCACCUUACAGUGGUUCAAAGGGGAGUAUUUACUUUGCGUGGGACCCAGAGGAGGCAGAAAGGCUACGCAUACACUCCAUCCGUAGAGAAAGCAGAGCAAGGCAAAAGGUUAAGGGUUCUGUUAUGUCUCAAUAUGACAAUGUAGGACCCUACAUGCCCGUGGAUAUUGACAUGUUACAUUUGCGCAGCAAAUCAGAUCCUGGAAAAACUGUACUGGUGUCCUCAGAGAGCAAAGAGGCCAGAUACAAUGUUGUGCCUGGAUCUCAGCAUGCUCCCAGACACUUGAUCUCUGAUCCAGAUGUCCUAAUGUAUAUGGAAACAGAGAAGCACUGCCAAGGGAAUGGGAUGGGGGAGAAAACCACCAAGCAAGGCAGCUCCAGGACCUACUCGUCUAUACAUUCACACCAAUCCCAACUUCCACAACGAAGCCUGCAGCACUUACCAGAGGGUGGCCAUCAUGACCCAAAGUUUGAGCCAGGGGAAAAGCAACUGAGUGGUAAACAUUGGCAGGAACAUUCGGGCAGCAGAAGCGCUCAAGCAUGCUAUGAAAGGUCUGAUUUGGAUCGCCACAUAUGCAGGGUUAAGGCCACUAGUAGUGCCAGUGAAGAUGAACAAGCAGCUCCUGUGAAGCCGGCUCCUCCACCCAAGCCUGAGAGAUCCCAUAGUGUUCGAGAGCGGCACCAUUACAACCAGUCCAGUCUUCCAGCAUAUUUACCAGACAAUUCAGAUAGAGACCAUAGUGGAACCUACUCCCAUCAGUCACAGGGGCAGAGACAAAGCACCGUUACUUUGCAGUCACAUUACGACAACCUGGAUGACUACCAUCCAGUACCUCAAUCCCAAACCACACUAGCAAAUCGGGGUUGUUCCAGUUCCUAUCAUAGCCCUGGUUUCUCAACUCCGCACAGUAAUCGUGCAUACUCCACUGCCUUGGGACAGGGUGCCUUCAUACAAGCUGAGCUUUCAGUGCAAAGGCCAGAGACUGAGAUUAAUGCUGAGUGAACAGGCAUUUAGUUGGACACAUUUGGAACAUUGUUGGUGUCAAUAAUAAUUCAGUUGAAGUUCAGCAGCCUCUGCGGGACAGUGGACUGCCUUCUGACUGAGUUUCUUUUUCUUUCGGUUUUUUUGUAAAUGUACAAAGAAGUGUAACAUAAUUUUUACCGAACUGAAUGUACCAUAAUUUCAUUGGUUGUUUAAACAUUGUGACAUGGAGAUACAGCUUGUUAUUAUACUGUAGAUACUCUGUGAUAUUGACAAAUGGUACAUGAAUCAUAAUCAGACGAGUUAUGUAUACCUGAAAAGUACUACUGGAUAUAAGGGACUCUGUUUUAUUAUUUUUGAAAAUGUCUGGGACUGGGUAUAAAUGAAGUGUAAAGGUUUGCAUUUUAGAAAUGCAUGUAAUCUUAUCUUUUACAGAACAGUUCUGUGUACCUUGAUAUAAAUAUAUAUUGUGUACUUUCUGGAUGUUACAGUAACAGUGGAAGGGAAGCCCUGUUUAAGUCAUCCUACCUUCAUUUUACACAACAAGGUGGUACAUGAAAUUCUUUAUUUCUGCCUUCAGCCUGGGGGCACCAAAAUGUGCAUUUUUCAUUUUGUCCAAACUGUGCCAUUACUCAUAUGGGUUUAAUCACAAGCAACUGGAUUUACUGUCUUUCUUUGAAAUCUUGACACCAUUUGACUGAACUCUUCUCGGAUAGGUUGCUCUUUAUUGUUAGGGGGACCAAACAAUGAAUGUGGAUUGCAGAAGUAUUCAUUAAGAAGUGGUUGGACAACGCCUGAAGGUGAAAGAGCGAGUGUGAAGUGACAUGGACCCAUUUCUCCCUCCACGUUACCGAGAAAUGUGAGCUUUUGAUGCAUUUAGAAGUUAUAUUAUGUUUCUGACUGAUUUUAGACCAGCACCUUACUUACUUUUUGUAACAAGCUGCAUUACUAAAUUUCACAUAAACGUUCUGUAAAGGAAACUGUUUGGCUGAAAAGGUUGUUCAUUUCAUUCUGCUGCACAGUUUGUGCUUUCACCAUUAGGGCAAUGUUUAUUGCUCUCAGAAUUAGCCUGUCAGGUGGAGAUAAACCUAUAUAUUAGUUAUUGGAGGAGGCAGUUUAUGAUCAGGGGACCCAGUUUUGCCAAGUCAUUGCAUGUUACCGUUCUGUCAGACAGUAAUUAUUAUUGUAUAACAAUGCCUUUAAUUCAUAUUGGUAAUAAGUAUACAAAUGAGCUCACAGUUUGUAUGUUUGUGGUUGAUUCCCUGAUAACAUCUGUUUUUGUGUUUCGCCAAGUCUUAUGUUCACUUUCAUUUUGCCAGCAUUUUGAUUGACGUUUAAUAUGCUGUUUUCUCUUGUUUUUGUUUGUUUUAGACUGUGAAAAAUAUGGUUGGGUGGAUAAAAUAAAGACACUCAUGUAACCUCUUUUUUUAUGGGACCAAACUAA